UCGUUCCGUUCGUUGUUAAGGAGAAGCUGUGCUGCCAGCAAAAUCAUAUCCCGUGGUGGAGUUGCCAGAAACGAUAGCUAUUUGCUUAUAGUUUUACUACCUGAAUUAUUGUGGUCUGAUUUGAAGAGAUGACACAAAACUGCAGACCCCCCAAGCGCCCCGGUGUCGGAGUAGGGGUUCUUGUCACAGAUUCAGCUCACUCAAACUGCGUCCUCGUAGGGAAGCGAAAAAGUGUAAUGGGCAAAGGAACGUAUCAGCUACCUGGCGGUCAUCUAGAAUUUGGAGAGACGUGGGAAGAAUGCGCACACAGGGAGGUGAUGGAAGAGGCAGGAGUGCGCCUGAAAGAAGUCAGGUUCGCAUCCGUGGUGAACUCCAUCAAGCUCGAGGAGCAGUACCACUACAUCACCAUCAUCAUGCAAGGAGAAGUGGACAGGAGCUACCCAGCAGAACCAGUCAACCUCGAACCAGAGAAAAAUGAAGGUUGGACAUGGACACGGUGGGACCAGUUUCCUCAAGAGGACCAACUCUUCCUUCCUCUGGCCUGCCUGAGACAACAGGGCUUUCAGCCGUUCAACGCCACGUAACACUGCAGCUACCCAGAAACAGAGAAGUGCAGGGCACAGGGAUAGAGGAGAGAGGCGAUACAUUAUAACUGCUUUGUUGGACCUAAUCAAGUCAGGAAGUUGGGUAUACAUGGUAACGGUUGAACUAAUGUUGAUCAGCACUUUUGAUUGGGUAAACAUGGCAACCGUUGCUGGACUCAUGAGGGGACAACUCAUGGCUCUAACAGAAGAAGGAAGUUAUGACAACAAAUCAUUACGGUUUGAGUAUAUUUAUAUCACUGAAAUGUUAAUUCAAAACACUGUACUACAAAUAACCUGUAUGUGUUUUGUCAAUAUUAAAAGUAACAUUAGAUGUA